CCAAGUGAAGUUCACAGGCACCGGCCCGUCAGGAGCGCGUGGGUGAGGUGAGGCGGGACUGCAUGUGGGGAAAGUGGGCGCGAGUGUGCCGGAGGAGUUCGCUCGCGCCGCGGCUCAGGAACAAGGAACUUCGACGCUCAACUAACAUUACCCAGCAAGACCAAUGAGCCUCCAAUUCGGCUUGUUUCUUUGGUUAAAGCCCACGAAACACCUGGAAUACAUCGUCAGCUGAUUCCAUAUCAACCCACCACAACCCACCAUGCUCUUCUCCUCCUGCUAUUGACCUUUGAUCUCUGGCAGCGAUGGCAGAACGCUCAGUGGCUCCAGGUCAGAUGUACAUAGAGGUGGAGUUCGACUAUGAGUACAAAUCCAAAGAACGUUUGAUCACCAUUAAACAGGGGGAAAGUUACCUUCUUGUCAAGAAGACCAAUAAUGACUGGUGGCAGGUACGCAAGGACGAGGCCAAUAAGCCCUUCUAUGUCCCAGCACAGUAUGUGAAAGAGGUGCGACGGGCUCUCAUGCCCCCUCCUAAACCCCUCAGUGCAGCGUGCCGACCCAAUCGACCAACUGGCCUGGAAAUCCAGCGGCCAGAUGAGAACAAAAAAAGCCCUACUCCCUCUCCAUCCAGCGGUGCUUUACUGCCGCCCAGGGAUGACAGAGGCAGCCCGAGCAGCCCGACGGGACACGCCCCCCCCACACAAACAAACACUUUACCUGACUCGCUUCCUCUCUCCAGAGCAGAGUCCCCGAGUCGCAAAGUGGAUGAAGAGAGGGAUAAAAACAAAGAGUUGGAGAAGAGUGGUCGAGGACCAGAAAAAGGUGCAAUUCAAGAAGUAUUCAUGGGAGAGGAUAAGAACCGGAGUUAUUCAGAAUCCGGGGAUGAUCUCAGCAGCGGUUCCACUGAUAACCUACAGACUUUAGGUUCAGGGCAGGGCAGGCCUGAUUCUCCUGUUUACACAAACCUGCAGGAGUUGAAGAUCUCUCAGUCAUCCACCCCUCCACAGCCAUCCUCCUCUCCACUCCACACCAUUGGCGACUGGGAGACUCACAAAGACCAGAAUGGCAGACUCUUCUACUACAACCGCAGCACGCAGGAGAGGACCUGGAAACCCCCACGGGCACGGGAUAGCCUCAACAGAAAAGAGGGGAAACAAGAAAUGACUGACACGGAGGUUCUGUCAUCGGAGGAAAACUGUCUGAGCAGCCAAUCAGACAGUCAGUACGGUUCGCCCCCUAGAGGCUGGUUUGAAGAAAUGGAUGAGCAUGGACACACUCUGUAUGUGUCUGACUAUACUAAUGAGAAGUGGUUGAGACACACAGACGAGCGAGGCCGGCUGUAUUACUACAGUGCAGGUGACUCCAGAUCUGAAUGGGAGCUUCCUAAAAUUGGUCUCAAAUCACAGUCUAACCACGCACCUCUGCUGCCAGGGGAAGCACACAAAACUCGUAGUCUUGAUCGGAGACUGCCAGAUCCCAUUCCUAUCAUUAGGACGAGGCGCAGCAUAUAUUCAGAGUCCAAUGACAAGUUAAAACAGAAAUCUGUCAAGGACCGACGAGCCUUCCUCCCGCACCGCAAAAGCACCUUCCGCUCUCACCCUUAUAGGCCACAAGACACUAAAACAGGCUCCCCCGACUCCGACUCGUCCUGCCCCUCCUCUCCUAAACCCCCCCACUCUCCUUCAGAGAAAUGUGGCACUUUAAACAUGACUAAAAUCACUGAACAUGGGAAAAAGGUCCGGAAGAACUGGACCUCAUAUUGGACAGUUUUGCAGGGUUCAUCACUGCUGUUUAAUAAGGGCCAAGGGAGCGGGACUGGUUGGUUUGGAAGAGACCAGAAGCUGGAGUUCAGUUUGGAUCUCAGAGGAGGGUCAGUGGACUGGGCGUCUAAAGACAAAUCCAGCAAGAAACAAGUUCUAGAGCUGAAGACCCGGCAGGGCAUGGAGCUCCUCUUGCAGUCAGAUAACGACGGCCUCGAAUGGCAUAAAGCUUUGACUGAAGCCAUAAACACAUAUAUGUGGGAGUCUGAUGAGGCCAUUGAAGAAGACAUGUCUGAAUCUCCUGACACUGAGAAACAUGACAAAGAAAAAGAGCAAAGAAACUCCAAGAAGGCCAGAGAUAUUAAGAAGUGUGCAAGCAUGGAUAAUGCCGAACAGAAGAAGAAGACCAAGCUGAUGAAGCUUCUCACAGGCAGACCCACUUUACAAGCUGUCAAAGACAAGGGCUACAUUAAAGAUCAGGUGUUUGGCUCCAGUUUGAGCAGUCUUUGUCAGAGAGAGGCCUCCACCGUCCCACGCUUCGUCUGGAUGUGCAUCGAGCAUGUGGAGAAGACCGGGUUAGGAGUGGAUGGUUUGUACAGAGUCAGUGGAAAUUUGGCCAUCAUGCAAAAACUGAGAUUUGCUGUUAAUCAUGAUGAGAAAGUGAAUUUAGCGGACGGUAAAUGGGAGGACAUUCAUGUGACCACUGGAGCUCUGAAGAUGUUUUUCCGCGAGCUACCAGAACCUCUGUUCACAUUUGCUUUCUUUAACGACUUCAUCACUGCGAUCAAAAUGCCAGAGUAUAAGCACAAAGUUCAGGCGGUUAAGGAUCUGAUGAAGCAACUGCCAUGGCCCAACCAAGACACCAUACAGGUGCUCUUCAAACACCUGAAGAAAGUGAUCCAGCAUGGUGACAAGAACAGGAUGACCACCCAGAGUGUAGCUAUCGUGUUCGGCCCAACGCUCCUGCGCCCGGAGAUCGAGACAGCAAAUAUGGCCGUGCACAUGGUCUACCAGAACCAGAUUGUUGAGCUCAUUCUUAUGGAAUAUGAGACCAUAUUUGGCAGGUAGGUCACAUGCAUAGAAAACCUUUUGACCAAAUUCCCCCGGGCCAGUCACUGAAGACCGGACAGCCCAUUGACUGCCAGUCUGAAAACUGAACACGUCUUGGUAUGUUUACAUGAGAGGACCGCCCAUAUUAGAAGAAAAAAAAUUUCCACCAUUCAAAUCCUUUCUCAUAUCUUUAUUGGACUAGAUUAUUGUCAUGUUUUUCCAUGGACUUAUCCAUUGGACUGUCAUUUUUGGACCAUUUUUGGAUUUGGUUCAAGCAACGAGGGCUUGAAAUAUGGACAUUUUUCUGUCCGACUGAAAACCAUGUUGCUUAUGGGAGAAAUCUGAUGCUUAAUUUUAGAUUUCCAUUCUACUAGUAUUAAAUUUUGCAUGACAUCUUUCCGUGGUAAUACUGUAAAACUUUUUGGAGCGACACAUCAACAGAUUGACUGACGUGAUAGACAUGGAUUUUACCUUAUAUUAAAAUCAAAUUUCUGCGGGGAUGGAUUUCAUUCUCUUCUGGACUGCUGGAAGUGACCUCUGAGAUGACCACUGCUGGGAAACACUGGAGUUAUUUUGUAGACUCCCUAAAUUUGGACACUUCUUUUUCCUGAUCAGUCCAAAUUCAAAGGAUUCAUGAACUCUUGUGGAAUGCAAAUAUAUGUCAGGUAUAUUUCAUGCUGUGAGAGUGCAUCUGUCCGUCAUGGCCCUUAGAGAAACACUGGAAUAAGAUGAUGAGCAGGACACAUUUAACCCUGUGAGGACAUCAUAUUCGCUACUGUUCCUGACCAGACUUGUCAUGCAAACUCUUACAGCAUUUAAAUAAAGAGUUCAGUAUGCUUUAGACAAAAUACCACGUGAAGAUUGUGUAUUAGAGAGAUAAGUAAAGGGAGAAAUUGUGAGUGGGUUAAACUGGAUUUUUCUUUGUAAAUAUGUCUGACAGGCAUACUGUAUUUGUGUGUGUGUGUGUAUGUAUGUGUGAGGACUAAAAGAGCACAUGGAGGUAAUGGAGGCACCACAAUUGUAUUAGAGACUGGUUUAUUAAAAUAUUUUAAUAAUAAUUAAGAUGGUUAUUUGGUUAAUAGCUGUUGAAUGUAAUUCAUCAAAUGUUCUGCUUUGCUGCAGAGCUUUGUCUUGAUCAAAAUAAAGUUGACAAGGCAAAUCGG